UGUAGGGGAACAUUUUGCGGCGGGACAACAAACGCAUGUUAUGAGAAGGGCGAGUGUUAGAAAACUGAGCGCCGUCUGCGGAGCAGGUGACUUGCUGGAGAGGUUUUGAGACGUUGGAGCAUUCAGAAGAGACCCGAGUCAUUUGACCAGCAAAGUUCUAUUCGAUACACACGUGAAUGUUGCUGUCUCCAUCACAAAUAUGACAUCUCUGCCAUGCCUUUCCUUAUCAAGAGGCAGAUGCCUGUUACGGCCGGUGUGGAAGCGGAGAUUUUGCACAGCGUAUAAAACUCGAGCUUCCAAUGUGACUGUAGAAACUGACAACUUCAAACACCAACAAGCGGAUCGGCCUACUUUUAAAGAUUUUUUAAAAAAGCUUCAUUCAGGGAAGAACGCAACCUCAGUUAGGCAUGAUGACAUUGAAGAAGCUCAUCCAUAUAUCAAUGAAGACUCAGAAAUGGGAUCUAAGAGGAAAGUAUAUUUUGAAACGUAUGGCUGUCAGAUGAAUGUCAGUGACACAGAAGUAGCCUGGUCUUUUCUGCAGAAGAAAGGAUAUCAGCGGACAACAGAUCUUGGUCAGGCCGAUGUGAUUCUGCUUGUUACAUGUUCAGUCAGGGAAAAAGCAGAAAAAACAAUUUGGAACCGUCUACAGCAGCUUGUAACACUUAAGAAGAAGCGUCCUGCAUCCCUACCACCGCUCAAAAUUGGAAUUUUGGGAUGCAUGGCUGAAAGACUCAAGACUGAUUUACUUGAACGUGAGAAGCUGCUAGAUGUGCUAGCAGGCCCAGAUGCGUACCGUGACCUUCCACGGCUGUUGUCUCUAGCUGAGAGUGGUCAACAGGCAGUCAAUGUACUCUUGUCUUUGGAGGAGACGUAUGCUGAUGUCCUACCUGUCCAUGUACAUUCACAGGCAAAAACAGCCUUUGUCUCCAUCAUGAGAGGCUGUGACAAUAUGUGCAGCUACUGCAUUGUUCCUUUCACUAGAGGCAGAGAGAGAAGCCGUCCAGCUGCCUCCAUUCUUCAGGAAGUAAGGAUGUUAUCCGAUCAGGGAGUUAAAGAAGUCACUUUACUGGGUCAAAAUGUUAACAGCUAUAGAGACACUUCUGAAGUCCAGUUCUGCACAGCUGAGCCUACACAUCUAAGUAAAGGCUUUCACACUCUGUACCGAAACAAACAAGGAGGUCUACGCUUUGCCGCGCUUCUUGAAGCAGUAUCGAAUGUAAAUCCAGAAAUGAGGAUCCGUUUUACUUCUCCCCAUCCUAAGGACUUUCCAGAUGAGGUUUUGCAGCUGAUACACGAAAAACACAACAUUUGCAAGCAAAUUCACCUCCCUGCACAGAGUGGUAGCAACCGAGUCCUUCAAGCUAUGCGUAGGGGUUACACCCGAGAGGCAUAUUUGGAGCUUGUAGAUCAUGUAAGGACUAUCAUACCAGGAGUGAGCCUUAGCAGUGAUUUUAUUGCUGGCUUUUGUGGUGAAACAGAGGAAGACCACUUGGAGACCAUCUCCUUGAUGAGGGCAGUGAAAUAUAAUGUAGGAUACCUCUUUGCAUACAGCAUGAGAAAUAAAACGCAUGCUUUCCAUCGACUAGAAGACAAUGUUCCAGGGGAAGUAAAGCAACGACGGCUUGAGGAACUGAUUGGAGUUUUCAGAGAAGAGGCUUUGAAGCUGAACUGCAGUGUUGUGGGCAGCACACAGCUCAUUUUAGUGGAGGGUGUGAGCAAGAGAUCCAGAGAUGAGCUCACGGGUAGAACUGAUGGCAACAUUAAAGUAAUAUUUCCUGAUGUGAAAAUUCCUAUAAAUGACUCUUCGCAAGACACUGCUGCAGUAAAACCAGGGGAUUAUGUUCAAGUCAAGAUUACAUCUGCCGGUUCUCAGAGUUUGAAAGGCGUUCCACUCAGGCAUGCAACACUAAGGACUUCUUAGAACUGUUCUAGGAAGAACUGAAGAGGUGGCAGCAGAAGGCUCAGCGUCAUUUGAUUUUCUAUCCAGUCUGGUUUAACUAAUUAAAAGAAAUGGACUCAUA